AUGGUCCAAUUGGCCCGGGUAUGCCUUCGUCCGCGGCUUACAAGCUUUUUGCAAAGGCGCGCUUUGGCUACAGCUCUGGCACCAUCAAACAUUAAAGGUGAGCUGGUACGGCGCCGGCUGCCUCUGAUAUACGACUAUCUCUCGCCGCAGCCAUCGCAUCUUCUGAGCCUGUCCCUCGAUAGCCUUAAUGUGUCAACACCCGGCUCAUCCGCUUCUCCUGAGUCCCAAUGGCGUCUCCCGUCCAUCACCAGACCGGUCCCCAUGCCUCGCGGCCACCAUCUAAUAUAUUUCCCACCUCAAGUCCCUUCGUCUGAACUUCUUCCAGACGGCUGUGAUGAAUUGCACUCUCCCGGCCAGCCAUACAAUCGCCGGAUGUGGGCUGGUGGAUCGGUCCGGUUUUUCGGUGAUGGCGGCCCGCUGCUCAAUGGACAGCGAGCAGUCUGUGUCGAAGGGAUACGCGAGGUGAAUAUAAAAGGCAAGGAAGGCGAUGAAAAGAUUUUUGUUGGAAUCGAAAGACGGGUAGCCACCGUGGAUGAACAUGAGAGUGACGAUGCUGUCCGGAGUAGAGUCUGGGCGCAAUCCGAGGAGGAACAAGGAGCCACUGCCGGCAUCCACAGUUUUGAUCUUGUGCUAACAUACGAUGGCCCAGUUCCUGCUACAGCUGAAUUCUCCCAGUCCAUCAUACCUUCCAAAUCACUUUUGUUCAGAUACUCUGCCCUUACAUUCAAUGCCCAUGCCAUCCACCUUGAUCGAGACUAUGCACGUAACGUUGAAGGAUACAACGACCUCCUUGUCCAUGGACCUCUUACGCUCACGAUCAUGCUCAGCACAUUCCAGAAACACGCGGCUACAUUAGGACAGGUUGUAUCAAGUAUUGAAUAUCGAAACCUAUCUCCCCUUCUAGUGGAGCAUGAGAUGAAGGUAUGCGCUGCACGCAAGUCUAACGGAUCCACGGGCAGCUGGGAUAUCUGGGUAGAGGACAACAAUGGGGGACUGGCAGCUAAAGGAACCAUCAAGACUGUGCCAGUUAAAUCCGACUAA